AUGAAGUACCUCGCUGUUGCUGGCUUCCUCGCCGCCCAAGCGGCUGCGCUGAGGAAUGUCAUGUAUGUUGACCAUCUUCCAUCGAGCGAUCUCGUGUCGUCGGUGACACAUGCAAUCAUGGCAUUCGCACCGUCCGAGAACUUCAAUAGCGGAAGCACAUUCACGCCAUUUGAGUCCAUCGAUACGUUCAGGGCUCGCUUCCCUAGCACCACAAAGAUCAUGGUUGCUAUUGGAGGUUGGGGUGACAACGCCGGGUUUUCCACCGCUGCAGUGAGCGAGACGUCGCGCUCUACAUAUGCUCAAAACGUUGCGGCCAUGCUGCAGUCAACCGGCCUUGACGGUGUUGAUAUUGAUUGGGAAUAUCCUGGUGGAAAUGGAGCGGACUACAAGACAGUUCCCAACUCGCAGCGCGCUGAUGAAGUGACCACAUUCCCUCUCCUGGUCCAGGCUAUUCGUGAAGCUAUCGGCGAUGACAAGGUUCUUUCCAUCGCCACUCCUGGACUACAGCGUGACAUGAUCGGAUAUACCGCAGACAAUGGCCCCACUGUUUUUGACACCGUCGACAUGGUCAAUAUUAUGAGCUAUGACUUGAUGAACCGACGCGAUAAUGUCACCAAGCACCAUACCAGUAUCAAAGGCUCUUUGGAGGCUGUGAACAACUAUAUCAACAUUGGCAUGAACGCAACAAAGGGCAACCUUGGUAUUGCAUUCUACGCCAAAUACUUUACGACUGACCCUGCAUCUGAUUGUGCUACCAACCCGAUCGGCUGUGCCACCGUGCAGCUCGAGGACGCUAAUGGCCAAGAUACCGGCAAGUCUGGUGCUGUCACUUUUGAGACAAACCCCGAGGUUUCCAGCUCCUCGAUUACAUCUUCAUGGAGCAAGGCGAAAGCCAACGGCCUCACCGAUGAGGAUGCUGGCGGACAGUAUUACUGGGACAGCGACGCACAGCUCUUCUGGACUUGGGAUACACCAGAUUUGAUUACUAAAAAAUUCACCGACAUCAUUGCAGCCACUGGUCUAGGGGGUGUUAUGGCAUGGAGCUUGGGUGAGGAUAGUCUUGAUUGGAGCGAGCUCAAGGCUAUCAACUCUGGUGUUGCGGCUGCUCAGUAG